AAAAGGUUUCAUGUUUAAGGUCAAGGAUCUCAGAGAGGCCGUCGUGGUCUAUCAUCACUCGGACAGCGACACCACCAGGGAUUACAUUGUCUUCCGAAUCACAGAUGGCCGCCACAGCAUCAGACACAAAUUCCCCAUCUACGUUCUUCCAAAAGAUGACACCCCUCCUUUUCUAAUCAAUAACGUGGCCUUUGAGGUUCAGGAAGGUGGCACAGUUAGGGUGGAGGAGUACAUGCUGAUGGCCUCAGACUUGGACUCCAGCGACGACUACAUUCAGUAUCAGCUGAUUACUUUUCCCAGAGCAGGAAAGCUGGUUAAGAAGUCCUCUCCACAUGAACCAGGUGUCCCAGUGAAGAGCUUCUUGCAGAGGGACCUGUUUCAAGGUCUAAUCUACUACAAGCACUCAGGGGAGGAAGUGUUUGAGGACUCGUUUGAUUUCAUCCUCUCAGAUGUCCAACAGCCUCCAAAUCUAUCGGACAGACAUACUGUGGUGAUCCAUGUGUUUCCAGUGAAGGACCAGUUGCCUGAGGAAGUUUCCGGAACGGUUCGCUCCAUCACGGUGAAGGAAACCGAGGUUGUUUACAUCACUCAGAGCCAUCUGCACUUCAGAGAUACAGAGCAUUCAGAUACUGACCUUAUGUAUGUGAUCAUUCAUCCCUGCUUUAACCUGAGAAAUACCAG